AUGGACGUCAACAACACUACACAGGACAACAGCAUCUUUAUCAGCAUCACUUCACAGGACAACUUCACAAACAACAGCAUUCCAACUCUAUAUCCAUCAGAGAUCAGUGACCCUUUAGGCAUUCCUUCAGACUUCAACCCUCAAAGCUCUGAUAUUUACACCAGCAUAUUUACCUCAGGCUCCAGUAAUCUCACCAACAGCACCUCAGGCUCCAGUAAUCUCACCAACAGCACCUUCGGCUACCUCAAUGACACUGAAGCUGGAUUCAUCACAUAUGUGGUGACAUACAUCAUCAUUUCCAUCGGCCUUCCUUUGACCAUCAUCGCCAUCUACUCUCUCUACUCUCUGGUACGAAAUGAUCACGUUGUUCCCAUCUACGUCAUCAACCUUCUGAUUUCUGACCUCAUCCAGCUCUGCUGCAUGAUCUGGGACGUGGCACAACCUAAGAACACGAUAAUGUACAUUAUCUACAAUAGUAUUUACAGCUACAGUCUGAUGACCAGUGUUGGCUUCAUGGUGUUCAUAGCAAUGGAAAGGUAUUUGCUGAUCGUCUUCCCACUGUGGUACCACUGUAGACGAACCAUCAAGUCCACUGUGGUGAUCUGUGUUGUGGCCUGGGCCCUUCCUUCUCUCUACCUUUUCACUAUAUUUUUCGGCAGUAAUUUUGACAUCCCACAAAUCAUCGCUGUUGUCUUUCUGCUCCUUCCCCUUCCACUGCUCAUAUUUUUCUGCUGUGCGACUCUCAAAGUCCUGUCUGCCAACGCCUCGAUCCCGCCUGACGAAAGACGACGAAUUGUAGGAACUUUGUUCCUCGUGCUGUUAAUUUACACGCUGCUUUUCCUACCCAACAUAAUUUUGAUAAUGGUAGUGAGAUACACAAGCGACAAGUCACUAACUAAUACUCUCUUCUACCUGUCUACUGUGUUUCUUAAUUUGAAUCCUCUUGCAGACUUGGUUCUGUAUAUCUUCAUGAAGAAAGGGGCCCUAGGCAAGAUUUUGGCCUCUGUGCAUUGUUGCAGAGUGGAAUACAAAGAUGUCAGCAGUCUGGAAAACAAUACUAUCAGUGACAAAUAG